AUGACAGUCACGCUAAACACCACGGCUCUAGAUGAGCUUAAUACCCGUGAAGCGAAGACGCUCCACGAAUUGAUGGGCGAACUGCGCUUCUGUGGCAUAAAUGGCAUCGUCAAUCUUCCUCAAAUUGUGGUUGUUGGCGAGCAGAAUGCGGGAAAAUCUUCUGUCCUCGAAGCCAUCUCGGGAGUGCGCUUUCCCGUUGCAGCAGGACUCUGCACCCGAUUUGCCACGGAAAUUUCCUUCUACAAGACGGAGUACUCCCGCAUCAAUGUCCGCAUUCGGCGCGACAUCACCAGCGACUCUGAAGUCGAUAUUGCAUUUGACGAAUCAGGGGCGGGCAAAGAAGACCUCCCUGAACUUAUUCAGAAGGCCAAAGAGCGCAUGGGUAUCUCUGAUGGCGACAAAGACUUCUCGAAGGAUGUGCUGUGCAUCAGUGUGGAAGGUCCAGAAAUGGUGCCUCUGACUCUUGUCGAUUUGCCGGGAAUCUUUGUAAAUGAGACUGCGACACAGUCCAAGGGAGGAAUAAAGACGGUCAAUGAUCUUGUGGAUCACUACAUGGCACAGCCAAAAAGCAUCAUGCUUGUCAUCGUGGAGGCCAAUAUCGACAUCGCUAGACAUGGCGCACUCGCAAGGGUCGGAAACCACGAUCCCAAGCACGAACGAACUCUUGGUGUAGUGACAAAGCCCGACCUCGCCAAGGGUCAGGGACACGUGGAAGCAGAGCAUAUUCGACUGGCCCAAAACCGAGAACCAAAACAUAUGCUGAGGCUUGGCUGGCAUGUCUUGCGUAACAGAGCAGAGAACGGCGAAAGUUUGAGUGACCGUGACGCUAUUGAAACGAAGUUUCUCGAGUCACCUCCAUGGAACGCUGUCAACAAAGCGGACCGCGGUAUUGCUAGGCUUCGCGAAAAGCUGAGCUACAUUUUAUACAACCAUACACGCAGCUGUUUGCCCGUCGUGAUUGAAGACAUUGAAAAGCAUCUGAAAAAAAGACAAGAAGAAAAAGCAGAACUGGGGACGGAGAGACUUGACCACAAAGACAUGCGGACGUUUCUUCUUACCAUUGCUACCGAGUUUCAGAGGCUUCUACGAGAGGCGAAUAGAGGCCAUUAUGUCGACAAGUUUUUCGGUCAAUUGACGUCGCCACAGAACCGUCUGCGCGCUGAACUGAAAGGCUUUCAGCGCGCUCUUGACUUUGUUCUAAGAUCAAGAGGUCACAGAUUUUCAAUUGCGAGAGCAGGUGAGGAUAAAGGCGAAAGCAAGGAAGAAAGUGAAGUCGACCUUGCACCCAUCGCCACUGCCACUUUUCUUGACACACAUCCGUACCAGUUCUCUCAUCCGAAAAAAGUCUCUCGUUCGGAACUGAAACAGGAGCUUAGAGUACUUGCCACAGCAAAUGAGGAACGCGAGCUCCCAGGUACUUGCAACAGUGAGCUGGCCAUCCACCUAUUCAAAAUUCAAGCUUCCCCAUGGAGGGGUAUUGCACAGUUCCACAUUCGAGGUGUUGCAAAGGCUACCAAGUUGUUUGUAGAGCAGCUGCUGCAUCAUGUUGUCGGCAGAAAUAAUGCAGAUACGACCGAGAAUGUGCUCUUGAGCGACUAUGUGGACGAUUUCUUUCGCAAGCGGGAGGAACUGCUCGAAAAGAAGCUGGACGAACUUCUGGCACCAUACAUUGACGGAGACUCCGUACCUCUCGAGGAAGAGUUUGAGGGACUUGCCUCGCAAUGGAGGGUCGAGCGCAUGGUAGAACAGUUGCAGAAGUUGCCGUUGAGUGAUCUUGCUCGGGAGGUAGAAGAGAAACAGAACACAUCAAAAGCCAGCUUCUUUCUUGCCGCCACGAACAUAGAAGACUCUCCUAACGGGGCUUUCGAUACGACCGAGAGAAUCAUUGACAUGAUGCAGGCGUACUACAAGAUGUCUCUUCGAACCUUUACUGAAAAUGUCACGAACCUUGCCAUCGAGGGCUGUCUGAUACAUGAUUUGGCGACCAUAUUUACCCCAGUCAAGGUUGGAGAAAUGAGCAACGAAAGGCUGGAAGAGUUGGCGUCCGAACCGGCGGGUGCGCAGUCUCGCAGAGCGCAACUAACAACAGAGAUUGUUGCGCUGCAAAAGAGUCUUGACACAUGCCGACGACGGAUGCCACGCGCUGAGCCGAGGAAUCUUUUCACCGCGGAUGCUAGCACCAACGCGCGCGGAAGCCUCUUCUGGUCAGCAGCCGACUCCCCAGCCAAGCAAUCAACUGAGCGGCUCGAAAUAUCUCCCACCACUCCCAAAUCUGACGCUACUAGUCCAACAGCGAAGAGUUUGCAAAAACAGAGCCCUGCAGUUUCGAGAUCACUCUCUCAAGCUACUAAGUCUGAAGGAGCGUCCAUCUCUCAGAGUCCCAGCAAGGAUGCAAAGGGCCCCUUUCCCGCAUUAACGCUCAGCGCUGGGGGCUUCGGAAAUCCUGAUGAGGGAGCAGUACCUGAAUCCGGUGAAAAGAAAACCAGCUUCGCAAAGUCGAAUGGCUCUGGGAGCUUUGGAAGCCCUGGCGGGGGGUUCUCCUUUGGGUCAAGUGCUAGUAACAACAAAACAGGCCCUGACAGCCCUGGGCGUUUUGAGGGCAGGAAUCUAAUUGAAGUAUGCCCACACAUCGAGAAGAAUUCCUAUGAGGAGUUGCUUUUCGAAAACAUAUGUCUUGCUACAGAGUGUAGAAAGAUGUCACCGGAAGAGCUGCGAUUAAAAUGCUACUUAGGAAGGCCUGAGGAUGUCCCAGCAUAUUGGAUGCGUUAA